AUGGGGAAGGUUCCCGAAUCCAAAACAAGUGAGAGUGCCGCGACGACUGCUAUAUCGCUGUUUAUAAACAAGGUAGAGAUCGCGGACAUGUGGUCGUUGGACGUUCUGGGAAUACGCGAUCCGAUCGAGACGAAAACACAAAAGGAAAAAGAUGACGAGAUGCAAGAAGCUUUUCUGAAAACCGUGCGAGUUAACGAAGAGGGGCGGUACGAGAUACAGUUGCCGUGGUUGCCGAGUCACCCUGCUUUGCCACGUAAUAAGGAGACGGCUAUGCGUCGGUUGCAGUCUACGGAACGAAAAUUGAAGGCCGACAAUCUGUAUGCGGAGUACGAUGCUGUUUUCAACGAAUGGCUGGCGGAGGGAAUCAUCGAGCGUGUCCCGGUGCAAGAAGAAGAUGAUGGGGGCUAUUAUCUACCUCACCGACACGUGGUCAAGGAGGGCAGCACGACGAGAAUUCGACCGGUGUUCGACGCAUCAGCCAAGGAGCGGACGUCGCCAUCGCUCAACGAGUGCCUUCAUAAGGGUCCAAAUUUGAUAGAAUUGAUCGCGUCCAUUCUUUUGCGCUUUAGGGAAAAUAAAAUCGGAGUAAUAGCUGAUAUUAAAAGGGCUUUUUUGCAAAUCAGUAUCGAUAAAAGAGAUCGAGAUUUCUUGCGUUUCUUAUGGUACGAUGCAGGAGGAAAUAUAAUUGUUUUUAGACAUUGUAGAGUCGUGUUCGGGGUUACCUCGAGUCCCUUUAUUCUGAGCGCGAUUCUGAACUUUCAUUUGAAUAAUUAUGCGAAGUCUGAUAACGAUGUUUCGAUAAAUAGUAAAAGAUUGUUAGAAAGUUUUUACGUUGACAAUUCAGUAACUAGUGUGAAUACGCGAGAAGAUUUGAAUAACUUCAUCCUAGACGCAAAAAGACUGAUGAACAUGGCUGGUUUUGACCUUCGAGGGUGGGAGUAUAGCGAUGAUAAUUCCCAAGACAACCAGACAGUAGUAUUAGGCGUUACCUGGGAUAAAAAGGCUGACACGUUAGCGAUAAAAAUACCAGAUUUUCCAGAGUUACACGCUUCGAAAAUGACGAAAAGAAAGAUUCUUUCGGCGGCGCACCGUAUUUUUGAUCCAUUAGGUUUUGUAUGUCCUGUUAUGCUGUGCCCACGAAUUCUGUUACAGGAAACCUGGAGUGAAAAUUUAAAGUGGGAUGAUGAAGUUCCAGACAAGUUAAAGAAUAGAUUUACGAAGUGGUUGGAAGAUUUGAAGGAGCUUAAUAAGAUUAGAAUUACACGAUGUAUUUUGGGACAAAUAUCUGAGUCGGAUAACGUAAGUUUGCACAUAUUCUGUGAUGCUAGUAAAGACGCGUAUGCCACAGUUAUUUACAUUCGCGUGGAAAAUUUUGAGGGUGUAAAGGUUCACUUUGUACAAGCGAAAACGCGAGUUGCGCCUGCUAGAAAAGGUAAUACGGAUGCGCGAACCAGUAUACCGCGUUUGGAGUUGUUAGCAGCGACAAUAGGCGCCAGAUUAGCGAGAAAUGUAUUAGAUGCGCUUCAUUUUAAAACGCUUAAACUCUUUUAUUGGACCGACUCCUCGACUGUGUUAGCAUGGAUCCAAAGAGAAUGUAAUUGGGCAACGUUUGUGUAUAACCGAAUAAAAGAGAUACGUAUGCUAUCGGAUCCCGCGUGUUGGUAUCAUGUACAGGGUCGUUUGAAUCCCGCAGACUUACCAUCGAGAGGAUGUACGGCGAAACAAAUUAUGUCUGCGAGAUGGUGGGAGGGACCCGUGUGGCUAUAUGAGACGGCAGAUAAAUGGCCAAUGUGUAGAGAAUUGUCGUGCGAUGAAGACGAAAUCAGUAAAGAGUUAAAAAGAACCGCGAUAAACAAAAAAUCUGUUUGUACUCUCGUAGCGUUAGAAGGAAAGGGUGCGGAAGAGAACGAAUUUCUCAGUAGAUUUUCUAACUUUGCAAAAAUGAUAAGAGUGUUUGC